GCACAGAUGACAUAUUCACAUGCACGCUCGGCCCAUUAGAACGUUUCCGCGUUUCGCAGGGAGGCUGAAAGCCCGUCUGUCAGGAUGUGAAGCGCGCACCUUAAACGGCGAGAGGCAGCGGAGUCGGCGCGUUUCCGCGAAUGCAGACAGAUAACGGGGUCGCACAAGAUUUCGUCAGGAUGUUAUAACUGGUGCUGGUAGCGGAACUUGCAGUUCCAUGGGAAGCUGUUCUACCUCUUGACAACCGUCGUUUACAGGGCCAGUUUUUUGCAGUGUAAAUGCGCAGAACAAGUUCCGGAUUGGGAAGAAGUCCGGCACCGACACCAGCAUCGCGUCAGUGGAAAAGAGGCUUGUUUUUCGGAUACUACCUGAGGGCAAGCUAAGCUAAUUAUUAGCAUUUCUGCUUCCCGCUCUUAUACCAGGCACCAGUCUGAGACAAAGCCUGUACUGUGAGAAGGAAGCCGCCGUGGAACAUUAUGGGACAGCGGGAGAGGGAGUGAGAGAAAACGUGAGGCGCUUCCUCCCCUCUCUCUUUCCUUUCCCUUUCCUUCCUCUCCAUUAUAGCAUCAUCACCCCGUGGAGCCCUGCAGGCCAUUGUUUUGUAGCCCCAAGUUUGAGAAGUGCUUUCACCGAGUUGGAAAGAAAAAAGAGAAGAAGAGAAGCACUCAAGAUGUCUUGGAAGAAGAAAAAGGACUGACAGCCUGACAUCACCAGCGGAGAGGUGAAUGCGGAGAGGCCUUCAGCGUUCUUUUUUGGCUGUGUGCUACGCCAGCGUGAGCAGGGCUGCACCAUGCCCACCAAGGGCAAGUACCUGCUGAACAACCAGGAGCUGAAACAGGAGGCCCUGUAUCGGAAGUUCUCCUGCAUCAGCCAGUACCAGCUCCUGGUCCUACUACUGGGCCUUACCAUGCUGUCCUGUGCCAUCCUCAUUAUACUCUUCUUCUCACUGAGACUGGACGCCAGCGAGCACAGCGCCUUCGUCAGCGCCGUCAGCUGCGGCCUGUGUGUCUUCCUGGCCGUCUUCGUGCUGGUUUGCACCGAGUCACUGUCCCAGCGCUGGAGACGCUUACUGGGAGUGGUGGUUUGGGCCACCCUGCUCACCAUGAGCUUCACCUUCAUCUUCAGCAGCCACGUCAUCCACGCCUGGGAUCAGGUUCCAUUCUUCCUCUUCAUCAUCUUCACGGUGUACACCAUGCUACCCUUCCAGAUGCGUUACGCAGUCCUCCUGAGCAUCAUCUCCUCUCUGUCCCACAUCAUCGUCUUGGCGAUUUACCUCUCGGUCACCAGUCACACCUCCCACCCCAUCCUGGCCAAACAGCUGCUGUCCAACACAGUGGUGUUCCUGUGCGGUAGUGCGGUGGGGGCCUUCCACAAGGUGCUGAUGGAGCGGGCCCUCCGGCAGACCUUCCAGGACACCCUGAGCUGCCUGAGCAUCCGCAUGAAGCUGGAGAUUGAGAAGCGGCAGCAGGAGAACCUGCUGCAGUCGGUCCUGCCUGUAUACAUCUCCAUGAAGAUGAAGCUGGCCAUCAUGGAGAGGCUACAGGACUGCAAGGACAAGCAGGAACAGCAGCGCCUGGUUCGCGACAACAAUUUCCACAGCCUCUACGUCAAGCGGCACGAAAACGUCAGCAUCCUGUAUGCCGACAUCGUGGGCUUCACCCGGCUGGCCAGCGACUGCUCCCCCAAGGAGCUGGUCAUCAUGCUGAAUGAGCUCUUCGGGAAGUUCGACCAGAUCGCCAAGGAGAACGAGUGCAUGAGAAUCAAGAUCUUAGGGGACUGCUACUACUGCGUGUCUGGUCUGCCCGUGUCGCUGCCCAAGCACGCCAAAAACUGCGUGAAGAUGGGGCUGGACAUGUGUGAAGCCAUCAAGCAGGUGAGAGAGGCCACCGGAGUAGACAUCAACAUGAGGGUGGGCGUGCACUCCGGUAACGUGCUGUGCGGAGUGAUUGGCCUGCGGAAGUGGCAGUUUGAUGUGUGGUCACAUGACGUCACCUUGGCCAAUCACAUGGAGGCGGGAGGCUUACCAGGACGUGUCCACAUCACAGAGGCCACCCUGAAACACCUGAACAAGGCAUAUGAGGUGGAGGAAGGGUAUGGCCAUCUGAGGGACCCCUACCUGAAGGAGCAGAACAUCCGCACAUACCUGGUCAUCGACCCCCGGUCCAAGGAGCAGUGUCCCAACGACACGUCCAAGGCGCGCAUGAGCGACGGCCUGAAGAUGCGCGCCUCAGUGCGUAUGACCCGCUACCUGGAGUCCUGGGGCGCUGUCAAGCCCUUCGCCCACCUGCAGAGCCGCGAGGGCUACGGCACCGAUGCCAUGGUCAACGGCAAGGUCCGCUGCAAGGACAUUCCACUGAGAUCCAUUCCUUGUUCCAAGAUACCCGAAAGCCUGGAUGAGUCCCUGGAGGAGUCCUUUGUCUCCCCCACCCCUCCCUUCGCCAGCUAUAAGAAUAAAUCCCAGAAAAGCAAAUUUGAUGAGGAGCUCCACAAUGAGAUGACGACGACCAUCGAUGAAUUGAGCUCCAGCAAGCAGUGGGUCAAGUCUGAAGAGAUCUGCAGCUUGACACUCUGGUUCACGAAGAAGGAAUUGGAGAAGCAGUAUCGUGCCAUUGAUCUUCCCAGUUUCAAGUACUACAUUGGCUGUGCCACCCUCAUCUUCCUCUGCAUCUUUUUAGUCCAAAUGUUUGUCACAAAAGAGCCCCAGAAGCUGGGGGUGUCCUUUGGUGUGCUGGCCUGCAUCUUGCUGCUCAUCCUGGGAGUUUCCUUUGCUGGUCACCUGCAGCGUCUGUUCCCAGAGAAGCUGGCCUCCUGCCAUUGGCUGCCCACCGUGUCUGAAGCGGUGUGUAAGAAGCCGUGGGUGCGCCUCCCGCUGGCCAUCCUCUCCACUGCUGUCAUCCUCAUCAUUGCCGUCUUCAAUCUGUGCUUCAUGAGUCACCUGACUCCGUGUGAGGCCAACAGCACGUCCAGCAUCACUUUCCUCAAUGUCAGCCAGCUGCUGGAGAUGGAGGACCUGCUGUUCUACCUGCCUUACUCCGUGUACUGCUGUCUCCUGGCUCUGAUCGCUUGUGGAGUAUUCCUGAGGGUCAGCUUUGAGCUCAAGCUGGCCUUCCUCAUCCUGGCCUCCACGGCCUAUUACAUCAUCAUCCUCAGUGCCGGGGACCAUCUAUUCCAGUGCUACAGUGGUAUCCUGUACCACCAUUGCCACGGCAGCAACAGCAGCAGCAAUGCGUCGUACAGAGACGUCCUGGCGUACCUGGGCCUGGUGAAACACCCCCAGGUCAUGAGCUGCAUGUACAUCACCUUGUUCCUGGUCACCAUGCUCAUCAUCAUACGGCAGAACGAGUACUGCUGCCGGCAAGAUUUCCUGUUGAAGAAAAAGAACCGCACGGAGCAGGAUGAGAUCGAGACCCGGGAGAACCUCAACCGGCUGCUGCUGGAGAACGUGCUUCCGGCCCACGUGGCCACGCUCUUCAUCGGGGAGAACAAAAAAAAUGAGGUGGGACUCCUCACAAACACUGUUUUCACUGAAAGGCACAAGGACCUUUACUACAAGUCGUACGACUGCGUGUGCGUGAUGUUCGCCUCGGUACCCGACUUCAAGGAGUUCUACACGGAGUGCGACAUCAAUAAGGAGGGCUUGGAGUGUCUGCGGCUGCUCAACGAGAUCAUCGCCGACUUCGAUGAGCUGCUGUCCAAACCCAAAUUCAGUGGGGUAGAGAAGAUCAAAACCAUCGGCAGCACCUACAUGGCAGCUGCUGGGCUCAGCGGCACCCUGGGGCAGGAGACCAAACGGGACAGAGACAAGCAGCAGGCUCAGAUCGGGAUCAUGGUGGAAUUCGCCAUCGCGCUUAUCGGCAAGCUGGACGGCAUUAAUCGACACUCCUUCAACAGCUUCCGCCUGCGCGUAGGAAUCAACCAUGGGCCCGUGAUCGCGGGGGUGAUCGGAGCCAGGAAGCCCCAGUAUGACAUCUGGGGAAACACGGUCAACGUAGCCAGCCGAAUGGAGAGCACAGGGGAGCUUGGCAAAAUCCAGGUGACGGAGGAGACGUCCAUUGUGCUACAAAUACUGGGCUACUCCUGCGAGUGCCGGGGCCUGAUCAAUGUCAAGGGCAAGGGCGAGCUGAGGACGUACUUCGUGUGCACCGACACAAGCAAGUCCCAGGGGCUGGGCCUGAGCUGAAGAGGGGCGGGGCCUGUGCCCGGAGGCGGGGCCUGUGCCCGGAGAGGGGCGGGGCCUGUGCCCGGAGAGGGGCGGGGCCUGUGCCCGGAGAGGCUGCUGACAUGCCACAGAGACCCAAACAUUGGAGAUUGGCGGGCGGAAGGGGGAACGUGGACAGACCCACCUCGGACCUGGAGCAGGAAUAAUCGGCCUCCCAGGCUCAUGCCUGCAUCAACGUCUUUACGAAGCUCGCUAUCUGCAGAAGUUGGCUCUGAUAUUGCACACUCCUUGGAAGGACGUUUAUGACCCCACCGUUCAUCAGUACGUCAUUGUACAUACCCACUGCAGACACCUCGCCGCCGAGAGAUGUGCUCCUCUUCUUCCCUCAUCCUGGUUUCUAAAUGUCUCUCUCUGUCCCCGUUCAGUGUUCAUGCGUAUGGUUCUUAGGAAAGAACAAGGUUAUUUAAUGCAUCCGAGCCAAACGUUUUAGGUUUUUAAGUAGGCAGCUUACACGCCGUGUGUUCUGCGUGUUCUAUUACUGUGUAAUGUGGAGGGUGGAGAUCAUGUAUCACGGGAAGGUUUCAUUAUCCGAAACAAACAAUCUUACUUUCUGUGUAUCAUACACGCUUAGUUUUAUCAGACUAUUUUAAUUUUCAGAAAACCUACUUACAGUGUAUACACGAAGGGAAGCAUGUCUUCAGUAAGCAGAACUAAAUGCUUCUGGAAACUUCUGUAACGUUUUUAAUUUCUUUUCAUUCUUUUUUGUUAGUUUUUUUUACCCAGACACCUGGAGAAUUCAGUUCCACCUUGAUGCCUAAUUCUGUGAUGAUGUCAUGCUAACUCCAUGCUAAUACUUAUGGAUCUGAUUACUGUGAAUUGUGCUGUGUGUCUCGCUGCUGUCCAGGUCAUUCCUGGCCUCCGGCCUUCUUGGGACUUCAGACAAGGGGCCAUUUCUGUCUCAGCAGUCCAGACCAGUUCUUCUCUGCCCCGGUCCUCCUGUCCCAAUGAGGAUGCUGGCUUUUGGUCUAGUUUAGGUCUUAAUUAAUUGUCUCAUUGAGCUGUGAUCCAGCCCUUGACAAAUGACUAAACAAAAAGCCACAUAUUUUAUUUGGAUAAAUAUGCGCAAGUAUUUUUUAUUUUGAAUAUAGUUAUAUAAAUAUAAAAUUAACGUAAAGCCUUCAAGAACUGUUUUUCAAAUCUGAGAUACAUCCAGUUAAUAUCUCAAACCUAGUUAAUGAAGAGCUCAUCUACUAAAAAGAUUGGGAACAGCUGGUCUAGAGCAGCGUUUCUCGAGUCCUUCUCCAGUCCUUGGGGAUCCCCAGACUGUCCACAUUUUUGAUCCCUCCCAGCUCCCAACACACCUGUACCAGGUAUUCAGUGUUUUUGAUUGGCAGGGAGCUGGCCGGGGACUGCGCUGGGACACACUGGGUAUUCGGUGUUUUUGAUUGGCAGGGAGCUGGCCGGGGACUGCGCUGGGACACACUGGGUAUUCAGUGUUUUUGAUUGGCAGGGAGCUGGCCGGGGACUGCGCUGGGACACACUGGGUAUUCGGUGUUUUUGAUUGGCAGGGAGCUGGCCGGGGACUGCGCUGGGACACACUGCUCUAGAGCAUCUUAUGUGGUUGAUUCGAUAGGACAGGUUGUAAUAUUACUGGAGUGGCUCUGAGCCGGUCCUGAGAAUGUAACCAGCCCAUCCACUUUCUCUGAGAUCAAUCAAUUUGUAUAACUGCUGCUUAUUGAUGUUAUUAGUUGUCACCUGAGACCACUUUUUAAUAUGACUGCUCUGAAAGGGGUGGAGAUGGGGGGGGGUCUGACUGUUUGGUUCAAUACAGCUGCCAAAGAGUGUGUGGUAAGUUCAAGGAACACUACUGUUUACGGGGAAAAAACUGCCACUGUUAUCACUCUGUGACUUUUAUUCAGUGUUGCCAUCUGUUUAGUGUGUGUGUAGGAUUUUUGCCGCUGUGGCUGUGCUGUAUAUGCAGUCUCACUGAGGAACAAAUGACUUAAGGGUUUUUUUUUUUGUAUGGUGCCAUUAUGUAAUAAAUCAUUCUCCAAGGGUUGUCUGUCUCGGCGAAAAACUGCAUGGAAGAACAGAAGGUCGGCCUGGUUGUCAAGUCGAGGGCAAGGACGGCGGUGAAGGGAAGCGGCGGGGAAAAUCAAAAGGGGCUUUAUUAAAAGAAACUAUGACAUGGACAGGGCAAAUGAAACAGACCACGAGGGAUCGAAAUGGGGAGGGGAGGAUCAGGCAGGAUCUUGAGAAACACAGGGCGCACAGGGCAGACUCAGGAACACACGCAGGUAGCAACAUCAAUGACUGGACUGGGGCGAUCAAGACCGGGAGGCACUUCAUGCAUCACUAACAAGGGAGCAGACGAGGGGCAGCUAGAGUGAGGCACACGAGGAAUGAAAUGAGAGGUAAAACAAAAUCAGUAACGGGUGUGACUCGUCAGAGAGGGCAGGAACGCAGGGCAUGACACUGGUGCGCGAUGCUGCCUUUUGUUUUUAAAUCUGAGCAGAGAGGAUGUGCAAGUCUGUCCUAGUCACAUGACACAGGUACAUUACAUUAGGACUUUAGCAAUGAAAACGGACAAUAUCUGUUUAUUCAGCAUAUUUUUUGUUACAGUACAAAUUGCCCACCUGGAACAGGAAGCACUAACUGUCGAUAUGGUUAUGGUUUCGGGGAGAUUUCAGCUUGCAGUUCAAGAUGCAUCCAUAUCUCUGCAAUGUUUGCUGGUCUGCAAAUGGCAGAGUAUUAAAGACAUGAGUAUGAAAUGGCUUAUGAAGGUACAGCAAUGUCUGCUGAGCUAAAACCUUCUUUUGGGGAGCACUCUAACUGCCUGGGUGAACUUAUCGCAUGAGGUGAGCUGCUAUAUUGAACUUCUUGGGGAGAAUAAUGGAGCUGCAGGUCAGUGAGCCAUCAAGUGUCUUUGUACAUCAGGCAGGUUUCAAUCCGAGCCAAUUCAGAAACAUGGCAGAAGCCACAGUGCAGGUGCCAGAUUCACAGCAGCCAACUCUAGAUUCCAAAAAAGAGGGAUGUUUCAUCGGUGCGGAACAACAUAAUGAAACAAAUUACCGAAAACACGGCAUAUGCUAAAGUAGGAAAGUAAUGUACUUCACAGCUGGCUCGAUAUUUUUGGAAGUAUUUCAAUUUUUCGAGGUCUUCCUGCCUGGUGAACAAUGCACGGCCAAAGACAGAUCCCAUGGCACAUCCCAUGGGCGUGAAAUGUACCAGAUCGUAGUAGGCAGUAGUCAUCAAACAUGAUACCCUAUUAGGUCUCAUCCAAGUAUACAAUUGGGGACAAUACAGGAGAGACUUAUUAUGGGACACUUUUGGGAAGAGAUAUUUUAAAAUCAACUGAGAUAAAUUGAUAGUUUUUAAAGUAUAGGGGGAUGAUAUGCAAAUCUGAUUGGUACAUGAGUUUUGGAUUUCUCAGUCUCUAUCGAACACCCCAGAAGAUUAUGGACAUGGAGAGAAGCCGGCAUGGGAUGGAUCUCGCAUCAUUCAGUAUUCUACUCGGAUUCCUCAGUCUCAGUGGGCUGAACAGUGGACUUGGAACAUGAUGACUCAAGUCCUAAGAGGUGCUGACUGUACAGCAGAUGAGCAGAGCCUUUGAUUGUUGGGGAGUCCCAAGGGGCGGCAGGGAGCCUGGUCAUGUGACCAAAAGGUCUCUGUCGAAGGGGAGUCUGCAUUGGUGCCCU